GGUUAGUCUUCCUUCCCUCAUCCCAAGAGAGAGAAGAGCGCAGUUACUCCAUUCACGCUCAUGCUCCUUGCCGAGGGGAACGUGCAGCCUUGGAUAGUUGUGUACAUUUGCAAGUGUGGUGCAGAGAAGGAAGUGGCUGACAAUGUCGAAAAACAGCCUUCGAGAGGAGCGCAUGUCAAAAGAAGCGACUUGAAGGGUCACAGGUGAGCUUGAGCCUACCCCAGCUGACUUUGGGUUAAGACAUUUGCUGGUGGCCUCUUUCUGUUGAUGGUGAAGACCGAUCCUAAGACCAACAAUGUGCUGACCGUCACAUCAUCAUCAUGGUUGGCAAGUAGCUGGUGUUUGUUGGAUGAAGCUUCCUUGAAACCAACAAAGUGUAGCAGAGGGUGAUGAGGCACUAAGGCCCUGGUUGAGGAACACAGGUGGGCUGGAGAAGACAAGGCAGAGAGCUGGUGAAUACUGUGUACCACGUGUCAAGUGGUCUGGAAAGGAUGGGCAGCGGACGCAGAAAACCAGCUGGAGGACAUCUUGCUACGGGCACACACUGCGCAUGCUGAGACAAAUUCCUAAUGUCCCUGCCACCAGAACCGUUGGGAAAUGAGGAAAAAUGUCCGACUGACCCCUGGAUGGCAAGCGACUCUUGAAGUGUGUCCCCACCUCAACACUUCUGGAUGCAAGGCAAUUGGAACAAACAACUUGCCAUCAGGAACCCCUCCCAGAGCCUGGAUGUCCCUCACCACCUUCUUCUCUAUCUCCCACUGAAGUGCUCCCACCACCCGUGUCCCAGGUAGAAUAGUCUCCACAACAGGCUGUACAGCAGAUGGACCUUGCAGCCUAAACAAGGCGUCGGGUUUACUGUUUCGACCCGGGGCGCAUGGCGUUGUGACAACUGGCAUCACCACACGUGGUCAUCAUGGCGGGCGCAUGCUCAUUCUCCAAACACGCAGAUGAGCCGACAAUCCCCCCCCGUAAAGCGUCUAUUCACCUCCAGGAGAGGCGAGGCUCCAAUAUUUCACUACUGUUGGAUGUCAACAGCCUGGGUGUAGAGCCUGUGUGCUCCGUGUCCACCCCCAAGGAGGUGUGGCUUCGGCUGCUUCACACCUCCUCCCGGCUGCUUACACAUGCGCUCCUGCAGCAGGCCGCCGCUGACGCCAACGCACUCGAUGCCGAGUACCAGAGCAUCCCGCCAAACUUUGUAAGUCCGUCGGACCUUGACGUUCCAGGACACACAAUCAAGGACCGAUACAAAAGCAUCCUUCCCAACUCUGAGAGUCGUGUCAUUCUGACCUGUGCAGAAGAAGAGGCGAGGCCUAACAGCUACAUCAACGCCAACUACAUCCGGGGUUACCGAAGCAUUCCGAAGGCCUACAUCGCCACACAAGGGCCAAUGGUACACACUGUGGGAGACUUCUGGGACAUGGUUUGGCAGGAAAGGAGCCGCAUCAUUGUCAUGGUAACCAGGCUGAAGGAGACCAACGAGAAGUGUGAGAGGUACUGGCCUCAGCCCAGCAACCACAGGAGUGAGGAGGAGGUGGAGGGAGCAACCAGUCAAUUUGGUCGAUUCCAGUUGCGAGUCACAGACAGUCAAGACAAAGAGGGCUUCACUGUAACUGACAUGGAGAUACAGUGUGUGUUCUGUUGGGAACGCCGUCCGGUCAGACACUACUGGUUCACGUCAUGGCCCGACCACUGUGUCCCACAAUGCACUGCUCCUCUGCUGCGACUGGUGGAAGAGGUGGAGUCAUACAGAGCGUCCCUCCGAGCAGCCAGCUCUCAGCCAACCACAGGCACCAACCACCAGUUUGGUCCAAUCGUUGUCCACUGCAGCGCCGGUAUCGGGAGGACGGGUUGCUUUAUUGCCAGCAGCAUCGGUUGUCAGCAGCUGCGUCAAACGGGUUGCGUGGACGUUCUGGAGACGGUGUGUCAGCUUCGGUUGGACAGGGGGGGGAUGAUCCAAACUCCUGAGCAGUACCAGUUUCUAUACACCGCUCUGGCCCAAUUCAGUUCACAGCUGCAUCACAAACAGCACAAGCAGGAACAGGAGAAUGCAGAAGAGCAGGUGAGUGAACAGAUGAAGAAGCUCCAACUGGAGCGGACACAACUUUCAGAGCCGACAUCGGGUGUCAGGUCACACAAAGAACCUGAGCCCAGAAGAACUCAUGGUACAGAUCAUACAGAUGCAGUAGGUAGAACCCACAGGUAGAUAUUAUACAGAGGCUGAAGGAAAACCAAGAUAAACCUGCAGGGACAGAGCAUACAGAGGCUGACGGGAAACUGGAUCUUUUGGUUCUUUCACUGGACUGAGAAUCUUCAAGAGAGGCACUCAGAACCUUGCUGGAGAGAACUAUGAAGAAAAUGUGUGUAAACAAUCAAAAAUUAAUUUAUUUUUUUGUGAUUGUUUUUGUGUUUUCUGUCCAUUUUGAAGAAGCUUAAGCAGUUUAUCUUGUUUCACGUGAGCUGGUUCCCAGCCAAUCGUAGGGUACAUAUAAACAAACAAUCAUUCACACUCACAUUCAUACCUACGGGCAAUUUAGAGUCUCCAAUCAACCUAACAUGCAUGUUUUGGGGAUGUGGGAGGAAACUGGAGUACCCGGAGAAAACCAGCUGAGUUGGAAAAUGUAUGUUUUAUACAUACCAAAUAUUACUUCUAUUAGUUUAUACAACCUUCACAUGCUUUAUUGUUCCAUGUUGUGACUGCUAGCUGUUUUCCGGCCAUGCUAUGCAUCCUAGUUGUUCCCAGCCAUGUUGUGACUACUAGCUGUUUUUCAAUAAAAAUAAGUUGAGUGCAGCUGGACAAAGAUCAUUGUUUUGCUUUCCUUUUCUUCUCUGUCUCUCUCACUUCUGUGUAAUGGAGGUGAUUGUUUGCUUGGACUUCAGUAAGGGGUAACAACUCGUAAGACUCUUUUCCUCUCCUUGCAAAGACUUUUCUUUUUUCCUUGUAAUAAAAACCCACAAAGACAA